AUGACUAGGAAGAAGGUGAAACUUGCUUUCAUUGCUAGCGAUUCUUCGAGGAAAGCAACUUAUAAGAAAAGAAAGAAAGGUUUGAUGAAGAAAGUGAAUGAGCUCUCGACUCUUUGUGGUAUCAAUGCAUGCGCUAUCAUCUACAGUCCCUACGACUCCAAUCCAGAGGUGUGGCCAUCAAACUCCGGAGUGCAAAGGAUAAUAUCGGAGUUUCGGACAUUGCCGGAGAUGGACCAGAACAAGAAAAUGGUAGAUCAAGAAACCUUUCUCAGACAAAGGAUAGCCAAAGCCUCCGAUAAUUUGAAGAAACAAAGGAAGGACAAUCGAGAGAUGGAGAUGACCGAAGUCAUGUUCCAAUGUUUGGUCGGAAAUAUGGGGAUGUUUAAUCUGAAUAUUAUGGAUCUUAAUGAUUUAGGUUAUUUGAUUGAUCAAUAUCUUAAAGAUGUUAACCGCAGGAUCGAGAUAUUAGGUAAUUCUCGUAUGGAGCUCGGUGAAUCCUCCAACAACGUUGCUGCUGAAACGAGUGGAGCGUUGGCUGUUGUGGAGGCUACAACCGCUCCAGCAGCUACGAUUCAGCAGCAACAACAGUUUCACCAACAUGUUGGACUUUAUGAGCAGCCUUUGAAUCUGAAUCUGAAUCAUAGUCAUGACCAACAACAACAAUGGUUUAUGCACAUGAUGAACCAUCCCCAGCAAAUGAGUCAUGCAGCUGAGCAAAUGUGCUUUCCGUUCAUGAAUGAUAACCACCAACAACAACAGCAGCAGCGACAGAUCCCCGGCGUUUUCUCCACCACUCCAACAACCGUUAGUUCAAGCAGUAUCAAUCCCGUUACUAGUUCAACCCCUACCAAUAAUGUUAAAAU